UCGGGGGAGCGGCUCGGGGAGGUGGAGCCGGCAGAGGAUGGGCUUCUUCAGCACUCUGCUGCGCUGUAACCUCCCCCCGGAGACGCAGAAGGUGGUGGUGUUCCUCAUCAUGAUGCUCCUCAUCAUCAUCAACGUGGUGCUGAUGUUCCUGCUGGCAUUCCAGUAGAACACACACACACACACUAACACACAAACGAGGAGGAGACGAGGAGGAGACGAGGAGGACCGACUCCCUCCCUCCCAGUGGAUGUGGAUGAGCGAGGCUGCUGGGAUUGAUGGGUGUUCAACAUGGAAUCAGCAGAACACAGCUCAUCAGUGAUGGCAGUGUGGUGUACGCUGAGGCGCUGUGGGACCACGUCACCAUGGACGACCAGGAGCUGGGCUUCAAGGCCGGGGACGUCAUCGAAGUAGUGGACGCCACCAACAAGGAGUGGUGGUGGGGACGCAUGGUGGACAGUGAGGGCUGGUUCCCAGCCAGCUUUGUACGGCUGCGUGUGAACCAGGACGAGCCCAUGGAGGAGUACCUGGACCAUCUGGAGGAGGCCCAGUCUGGACAGGAGGACCGGUCUGGUCUGGGUCUGUUCCUGGGACCCGGGUUACCGUGUAAAGAACAGAUGAGGACCAACGUCAUCAACGAGAUCAUGAGCACAGAGAGAGACUACAUCAAACACCUGAAGGACAUCUGUGAGGGUUACAUCAAACAGUGUCGUAAACGGACGGACAUGUUCAACGAGGAGCAGCUGAGAACCAUCUUCGGAAACAUCGAGGACAUUUACAGAUUCCAGAGGAAGUUCCUGAAAGGACUGGAGAAGAAGUUCAACAAAGAGCAGCCGCACCUGAGUGAGAUAGGCUGCUGCUUCCUGGAACACCAGACUGAUUUCCAGAUCUACUCGGAGUACUGCAACAACCACCCUAACGCCUGCAUCCAGCUGUCCAAACUCAUGAAGGUCAAUAAGUACGUGUUCUUCUUCGAGGCCUGUCGUCUGCUGCAGAAGAUGAUCGACAUUUCUCUGGACGGUUUUUUACUCACACCAGUUCAGAAGAUCUGCAAAUACCCACUGCAACUGGGAGAGCUGCUCAAGUACACCAACCCACAGCACAGAGACUACAAAGAUGUGGAAGCAGCUUUAAACGCCAUGAAGAACGUGGCCAGACUCAUCAACGAGAGGAAACGGCGUCUGGAGAACAUCGACAAGAUCGCACAGUGGCAGAGUUCCAUAGAAGACUGGGAGGGUGAGGACGUCCUCAGCAGGAGCUCAGAGCUGAUCUUCUCGGGUGAAUUAACCAAACUGUCGCAGCCUCAAACCAAGAGUCAACAGAGAAUGUUUUUCCUCUUCGACCAUCAGAUGGUUUUCUGCAAAAAGGACCUCCUGCGCAGGGACAUGCUGUACUAUAAGGGUCGGGUGGACAUGGACCACAUGGAGGUUGUGGACGUGGAGGACGGGAAGGAGAAGGACUUUAACAUCAGUGUGAAGAACGCUGUGAAGCUGCGGUCCACCAGUGGAGACCAGCUGCAUCUGCUGUCAGCCAAGAAACCAGAACUGAAGGAACGAUGGAUACGAGCCUUCAACGACGAGAGGAGACAAGUCCAGCACGACCGAGACACAGGUUUUUCUCUGACGGAGGUGCAGAAGAAACAGGCCAUGUUGAACGCCUGUAAAAGCCAUCCAGCCGGGAAACCCAAAGGUAGGAACCCACAGGAACCACAGGAACACCAGCCCUCUGAAUGUGGAUACACCA